AUGGGAGACGCACCUCUAGCCCAAGACCGGAUCCUCAUCACCAACGCCGGCGACUUCUCGCCCGCUCUCCUCGAGGAGAUCCAGGCCAAGUUCGCCCACGCGGAUAUCACCUAUCUGAAGCUUGAGAACUUCGCCCCAAUCCCCAGCGAAUACGCCCAAAGAGCCACCCAUAUCGUGACGUUCAGCAACCUCCCCAACGUCGAAGAUGUGCGCAACGUCAAGCUCAUCCACUUCUUCUCCGCCGGCCUCGACCACAUCAUGACGCACCCGAUCGUCCAGACCACCACAAUCCCACUGACGUCCAGCUCUGGGAUCCACGGGCCCCCGAUCGCCGAGUGGGUGAUCAUGAACUGGCUCGUGGCCUCGCGGCGGUUCGUGAACAUCUACAAGAGCCAGGAGCGCCACCACUGGGGCAAGUACGGGGAGUGGAUGAGCGGGGUCCACGACCAGGUCGGCCGGAAGGUCGGGAUUCUGGGGUACGGGAGUAUCGGGCGGCAGAUCGGCCGCGUCGCCUCCGCCCUCGGCAUGCAGGUGCACGCCUACACGGCCUCCCCACGACCGACGCCCGCCUCCCGCGUCGAUACGGGGUACAUCGUGCCCGGCACGGGGGACCGCGAGGGCACGAUCCCCGUCUCGUGGCAUCACGGCACGGAUCGGGCGUCGAUCCACGCCUUCCUGGCGCUGGGGCUGGACCACCUCGUCGUCGCGCUGCCGCUGACCCCGCAGACGACGCAUCUGCUGGGCGCGGCCGAGUUCCGGCUGCUGGCGGCGCAUGCCUCGAAUAAACCCUUCGUCACGAACAUCGCCCGCGGCAAGAUCGUCGACCAGACCGCGUUGGUGGCCGCGCUGCGCGAGGGCGUCCUCGGCGGCGCCGCGCUGGACGUCACGGACCCCGAGCCCUUGCCCGCCGACGAUCCGCUGUGGGAGGCGCCGAACGUGCAGAUCAGUCCGCAUAUCAGCGGCGCUGGGCUGGAGUAUAUCCCGCGGUCGUUGGAUAUCCUGAAGGAGAAUCUGGGGCGGCUGGCGCGCGGGGAGGGGGUUUUGAAUGAGUAUAAACGCGGGAAGGGGUAUUGA